CGACACGUCGAACGGCAAGAAUUUUAAAUGGUGAGAAUGAGAUCUGUUUUUUGUGCUGUAUGUUCUGUUUUUAACGCGUUAUGUUGCGUAUUUUGUUUCUUGCCUCCAGCUACCCGUUCUGUUACUCUGCCCGGCAAUCGUAAAAUGCGAGUUAGAAAUUAUGCGCUCGCAUGUGACGAGCAGACGUUGUUGUGGUUUCGCAAUCAUUUCGUUGCCGUGGACUUCGUUUUCUGACGGCAUCGCUCACAUCAGUAACUAUGGACGGUGGUUACGGCUGGGUUGUGGUUUUGGCCACAUUCCUGGUUAACGCUGUCGUACAGGGUGUGAUUGCCUCCACAGGAGUGCUGCUGAAUGUCCUGCUGGACCAGUUCAACGCAGGUCGAGCAACAAUUGGCUGGAUACCUUCGCUGCUCGGUGGUCUGCUCUUGGCAGUGGGUCCGUUCUCCAGUUAUUUAAUUGACAAGUCCAGCUGUCGUACCGUGACGAUUGUGGGCGCCGUGGUUGCUUCCUUUGGUUGCAUUUUGAGUUCUUUUGCCACUGGAAUUAAUUUUCUUAUUAUUUCGUAUGGAAUUAUUACUGGGUUUGGUUUUGGGCUGAUGUAUUUACCCCAAACUAUUGUUUUGGCUGAAUGGUUCAAAGAAUCGCGUUCGACGGCGACGGGAAUCGGUCUUUCCGGCGCAGGGUUCGGUGCUUUUAUUAUCCCGCCACUUGCACAACAUAUUCUCAAGUUAUACGGAUGGAAAAGCUAUUUUACAUUUUCCGGUAUUCUCAUUUCUUUGUGUUGCGUUGUUGGAAUUUUAUUGCGACCAAAUCCUGAACAUCAGGCACAAAAACGAGAAGCAUUGCAAAGCAGUGGUUCUGCUGUUUCAACGAGUGGCGGAGUGGCGUGGCAUUUUCUAAAAGAUCCUGCUUUUGUUCUGUUCAGCUGUAGUACGGCACUAUUCAGUGCCAGCUACCGGAUUCCCUUUUCCUUUUUACCGGAUUAUGCUGUUAGACAGCUGAAUACAACGAAAUCCGAUGCGGCGUAUUUGUUAUCGUAUCUUGGAAUCGCGAGCUUCCUGGGACGGGUGUUGGGAGGAUUUAUUGGCGACCACCAAAGGCACCGCAGAUUCCUUGUGUACAUGUUUCUAAAUGUUAUGGCGGGGUUCUCAGUGGAGGCUAUGGGGUUGGCGGGAAGUUAUUUCCAGUUAGCCCUGUGUUCGCUUGGUUACGGUGCUGCUUCCGGUGGCCGUGUCGCGCUCAACUCAAUAAUCCUUGCUGACAUUUUUGGCCUGUCUGUAUUAUCGCAGACUUUCGGUCUUGUUUGCUUGGUACAAGGAGUUUCGAUAUUUUUCGGAACGCCAAUUGCAGGGUGGUUAGCGGAUAUUUUUGGUAAUUAUCGCACAUCGUUCAUUAUCUUCGGCACGGGAAUGCUAUCGUGUGCGUCUGUGCUGUCCUUUAUACCGUCCAAUCGACGAUCUCACAUCAGUAAUUACACUGAGCGACGCAUCAGCUGGUUGCUGAGGAUGCUCCCCUUCGUUAUUAUACCCCUUUUACUCGGAAACACACCGACUGUGGUGCGUGCAACACGACAAGUCGUAUCUCCCGCGCCACCCAACAUAAUAAUUAUCGUUGCGGACGACCUGGGCUGGAAUGAUGUUAGUUUUCAUGGCUAUAAAGAGAUUCCCACACCAAAUCUGGAUAAAUUGGCAGCGGAAGGAAUUAUUUUGAACAGCCAUUAUGCGCAUUACAUGUGUACGCCAUCUAGAGCGGCUUUAAUGACCGGAAAAUACUCAUUUCGAACCGGACUGCAGCACUAUGUAUUACGAGCUGGUGAACCUCGAGGAUUACCACUGGAGGAGAAACUGUUCCCGCAGUACAUGCGUGAACUGGGAUAUUCCACUCAUCUAGUUGGAAAGUGGCACCUUGGUUAUGCUAGGAACGAGAUGACCCCCACUUUCCGGGGCUUUGAUUCAUUUUUUGGAUAUUAUACCGGAUAUGUGGAUUAUUAUAACUAUACUCCGACAGCAGUCAGCGCCGGAUACAGCGCAUUUGACAUGUGGGAUGGGUUACAACCGGCAAAAGCAUCGAAAGGACAAUAUGCAACCAAUUUAUUUACCCACCAAGCAAUAGAAAGAAUUCGCGAGCAUAACAGUGACCGCCCACUGUUCCUGAUUUUAUCCCAUCUUGCGCCUCACUAUGCCAACGAGGAUGAUCCCGUGCAAGCUCCCAAAGAGUACAUUGAUAGAUUUCAACACAUCGCCCACGAAGGUCGACGGAAGUAUGCUGCAACCGUUGCGGUUUUGGAUGAUGCUGUCGGGGAGUUGGUCGAGGCGCUGAGCGAAAAAAAGCUGUUGGAGAAUUCGGUUAUCUUGUUUUCUUCGGAUAAUGGUGGAGCCGGAGCCGUGGAAGGGAUACACUUUGGGCCCCCAUCGAGUUUCGCCAGCAACUGGCCGUUGCGAGGAGCGAAAGCAUCACAAUUUGAAGGAGGCGUACGUGUAGCGAGCUUUAUCUGGAGCCCAUUACUUAAGUCCGUUAAGCGAGUGUCCAGCGAACUGUAUCACAUAACGGACUGGUUAUCAACCUUUUACCGGCUGGGAGGAGGUAUACCGUUGAGGAAUAUGGAUGGCUUGGACAUUUGGGACUCGUUGAGUCAUGCUACUCCGUCGCCCCGUACUGAAAUCGUUCUGCAAAUUGAUCCCGUAUGGAAAGAAUACGCCAUAAGACUGAACCAGUAUAAACUGGUGUGGGGAUCAAAUUUACGAAAUAACAAUCGGAUUGACGAUUGGUACAUACCGGAAACAGGGAUCCAAGAGAACCUCGUUGUUGAUAGUCCCGGUGCGUUAAGCUGUGGUCAACUGAAGAAUGACAGACCAUGUGAUGCCAGUGUUGCACCGUGCUUGUUCGACGUUGUUCAGGAUCCCUGUGAGUACAAUAACUUAGCGGAACAGUUGCCCGAUGUUGUGGAUCUGUUAUUGGGCAAAAUACGGAAAUACAACGCCACUGCAGCAAUCUCCCAGAAUGUGCCCUUGGAUCCCAAAGCAAAAGCGUCGCUUAAUAACGGACUGAUGCAGCCAUGGCUGCAUUGAUUAAUUGUUUUGUAUUGGAGUUUUAACAUUUCGUGAUCGCAUAUGCUCUCUGUGAAACAAGUAUAAUUUUUCGAUGUGCUCAAUUUGGAGUGAUGUUUUUUUAUUUGUAUAAGAAUUUUCAUGAGUGCACAAAUGAUGGCUUUUGCCUAUCGAAAGGCAUUCUGAGAUUUCUUGGCACAUCAUGACGAUCGUAUGCCACUCAAAAGAAGAAAUUCGAAAAACAGCAGAAUGGUUUUGUUUUGUCUGCAUU